AUGUCCAAGAUAAACCAUACCAUGGUGACUGAGUUCAUUCUCUUGGGACUGACUGCGCAACCUGAGUUGCAGCCUAUCCUCUUUCUAAUAUUUUUAGUGGUCUACCUCAUCACUGUAGUGGGGAAUGUAGGAAUGAUCGCACUGAUCAGAAGUGACCCCAAACUUCACACUCCCAUGUACUUUUUCCUCAGCCACUUGUCAUUUGUGGAUCUUUGUCAUUCCACCAAUGUCACACCUCAGAUGCUGGUCAAUUUUUUGUCUCAAAGAAAAACCAUUUCCUUUGUAGGCUGCAUCAUACAAUUUCACUUUUUCAUUGCUUUGGUUAUGACAGAUUAUUACAUGCUCACAGUUAUGGCCUAUGACCGUUACGUGGCUAUCUGUAAUCCACUGCUCUAUACUAGCAAAAUGUCCAAGAACAUCUGCAUAUCUCUGGUCACUGCACCCUACAUCUAUAGCUUUGUCAAUGGUCUGAUACAAACCAUCCUGAUGCUCCGUCUAUCCUUCUGUGGCCCUAAUGAGAUUAACCACUUCUACUGUGCUGACCCACCUCUCAUGGUCCUCUCCUGCUCAGACACUUACAUCAAGGAAACUGCCAUGUUUAUAGUUGCUGGUUCAAACCUCAUCUGCUCUCUGACAAUCAUUCUCAUCUCUUACAUGUUCAUUUUCAUGGCCAUCCUGCGCAUCCGCUCAGCUGAGGGCCGGCGUAAAGCUUUCUCUACCUGUGGCUCACACCUGACAGCUGUCACUAUCUUUUAUGGGACUCUGUUUUGCAUGCAUCUAAGACCUCCCUCAGAGACAUCUGUAGAACAAGGGAAAAUUGUGGCAGUUUUCUAUAUUUUUCUGAGUCCUGUGUUAAAUCCCUUGAUCUAUAGUCUGAGAAAUAAAGAUGUAAAGGAUGCUGUGAAGAGGAUUGUCAAAAAUAAAUUCCAGGCUAAAUAA